UAUAGCUAAGACAAUUCGUUUCAUAACUCUGUGUGUGUGUGUGUGUUUCUUUUUUCUCUCUAAGUAUAAAUAUUUAUUUCUCUAAUUGGUAAUUAGCAGUUACGGUGUUUUGCAAAUCAUAAUCGUAAAGUCAAGAAAGCUUCUAUCGAUCCUGGUCUGUGGAGGUGCAGUUUGAUUUUAGAAAUCUUCAUGCAGAAGAAAUAAGUCAGAUUGAAGCUUUUGUGGUGUAGCUGCUUUAUCUGAAAAAAAAUGUUGGAGGCUCCAAAAUUUGUUGGUCUUAUAGACCUAAAUCAAAACCUGUCACAAAAUUUUUACCAUAAGCUUGGUGAAGGGUCAAACAUGUCAAUUGAGAGUUAUGGUAGCUUGCAGAUGAGUAAUGGUGGAGGUUCUGUUGCAAUGUCAAUGGAUAACAGCAGUGUUGGAUCAAAUAAUUCUAACACCCGUAUUUUAGACCACCAGGGCAUCAAUCGCGUCCACAACAACUAUUCUGUUGCAGCUAGCGUAAACAGGGGGAGAGUUUCUAAUGGGUUGAGCAAUGAUGCCCUUGCUCAAGCCUUGGUUGAUCCUCGAUUUCCCACCAUUGGGCUUGAGAAUUAUGAUGAGUGGACAAUUGAUUUGAGGAAGCUUACCAUGGGACGAGCUUUUGCUCAAGGAGCUUUUGGAAAACUGUAUAAGGGAACUUAUAAUGGUGAAGAUGUUGCUAUCAAGCUUCUAGAAAGGCCAGAACAUGAUCUUGAGAGGGCUCACUUGAUGGAGCAGCAAUUUCAGCAGGAGGUCACGAUGUUGGCAAAUUUGAAGCAUCCAAAUAUAGUGCGAUUUAUUGGUGCAUGUCGUAAACCCAUGGUGUGGUGUAUUGUGACUGAAUAUGCAAGAGGGGGUUCAGUGCGUCAGUUCCUAACGAGACGACAUAACCGAGCUGUGCCAUUGAAGUUAGCAGUUAAGCAGGCGUUGGAUGUGGCAAGGGGGAUGGAGUAUGUUCAUGGCCUGAAUCUGAUACACCGUGAUCUGAAAUCCGACAAUCUACUGAUUGCUGCUGACAAGUCAAUCAAAAUUGCAGACUUUGGUGUUGCUCGUAUUGAGGUGCAGACUGAAGGAAUGACACCAGAAACUGGAACUUACCGCUGGAUGGCUCCGGAGAUGAUCCAGCACCGUCCAUACACCCAGAAAGUUGAUGUUUACAGUUUUGGCAUUGUUCUAUGGGAGCUUAUAACAGGGAUGCUUCCUUUCCAGAACAUGACUGCUGUGCAGGCUGCUUUUGCUGUUGUCAACAAAGGUGUCCGUCCAACGAUCCCCAUUGAGUGUUUGCCUGUCUUAUCUGAGAUCAUGAUCCGCUGCUGGGAUGCUGAGCCUGAUAAUAGGCCAACUUUCUCUCAGGUGGUCGGAAUGCUUGAGGCGGCUGAGACAGAAAUCAUGACUACUGUCAGAAAGGCCCGUUUCAGGUGCUGCAUUCAACCUAUGACUACAGAUUGAUUCGGGAAGGAGGAAACUAGAGGCGAAAGAUGCUGGAUGGCAAAACUGAUUUCGGUCCAGCAUGUGUAUCUAUCAGGCAUAAUUUCUUUAUUCAGAUAGAAAAAGGGAGAUAGUUAUGAGAAAAACUUGAAACGUUUCUCUGUCGUAUUUUGUUUCUUUUCUUUAAACCGUGGAUUUAAGACGUUGACUAGUUGGUAAUACAGGAGGAUAUUAUGUGUA